AAUUCUGUCAUCAUUUACUCACCCUCUUGUCAUUUCAAACCUGUAUGACUAUCUUUCGAGGAAUGUUGGGGCUGUGACGAUAAUUAUACCUGACUAGGUCGAUUCUGAAAUCGCAAAGGCUUCGAUUCUGUGUUUUAUGCACAGCUCUUCUGUGAACUACUGCUCGAUCUAAAAUCACUACGAGAUUGAAUCGUUUAUAACGUGCAUUCGAUGCAUCCUUGAUAUCGACAACACAUCCGGGUACUUUCAUGCGUUCUCUGUUCUUGUGUUCUUGAGUAUUGGAACCGAACUUUGAUGGUUAUUGAUGACGUAGACCAAGAACACGAGAACACACGACGGCUGAAGAAAGCAUAUUGAGAAACAGCCUACGUGUGUAAAUCGUUCUUCUUCUGUGUCCCAUAUUCGGAGUUUCUGCUCGAGAGCGCCCUCUGGCUUUCGUUUGUGGCGGCAUUUAACCGUAAUUCAUUGAGAAACUGAGCAUAAAAAUUACACAAUAUAUCGUCCCAGCCCUAGUUGAUAAUUGAACCAUGGCAGUACCCAUUCACUUCUAUUUUGGACACAAACAAGUGAUUCAAUGGGUACCACCGUGGUAGGUUUACCAACAUUCUUCUAAAUAUCUUCUUUUGUGUUCUGCAGACGAAAGAAAGUCAUACAGAUUUUAAAUAACAAGAGGACCAGAAGCCUGAGACAUCCUCCCCAAAAUAACCUCUGUGCUUCAUGAGAGCACCGUUGGAUUACCAAUCAGAUCGAACCAAAUCACAAAAAUAAAAACUUACCUGGCACCUGGAUGCUUCCGUUUUCUUCUGGAAAGACAGCAAACCAAAGAAUAAGAGAUUUUAUGUGCAUUGCUUGCAUCUAUACACAUUUAAACCUUUCUGUGCACUUUUCUGUUGGGCAUUUACAUUUCAAACUUUGAGGAUAACCUAAAAAUGUCAAAAAUGGGACCAGCAAUGGAGGCAGCGGAUAUCGCAGUUGUUGCACUUUAUUUUGUCCUUGUGCUUGCAAUUGGUCUCCUUGCCAUGUGGAAGGCAAACCGUAGCACUGUCAGCGGCUACUUCCUGGCAGGCCGAACUAUGAAUUGGGCAGUGAUUGGCGCCUCGCUGUUUGUCAGCAACAUUGGUAGCGAGCAUUUCAUUGGCCUUGCCGGAUCUGGGGCAGCAAGUGGUUUCGCAGUGGGCGCCUGGGAGUUCAACGCCCUCUUGCUUCUGCAACUGCUGGGAUGGGUAUUUAUCCCAGUUUAUAUUCACUGUGGAGUUUAUACCAUGCCCGAGUACCUUUACAAGCGUUACGGGGGUAAGCGGCUAAAGGUUUACUUUGCCGCACUGUCUAUUUUGCUCUAUGUCUUUACCAAACUCUCAGUGGACUUGUAUGCAGGCGCUCUGUUCAUUCAGGAGUCGCUUGGUUGGAACCUGUACCUGUCAAUCAUAUUGCUCAUCACAAUGACGGCCCUCUUGACAGUGACCGGUGGACUGGUGGCAGUGAUCUACACGGACACUCUACAAGCUGUGCUCAUGAUUUUUGGUGCAUUAACCCUUACUGUCAUCAGUCUGAUCAAAGUGGGAGGUUUGGAUGGUUUACGGGUAAAAUACAUGGAGGCGGUCCCAAACGUUACAGCCAUUCUGGCUAACAGCAACUUCACGUACACCAACUCUUGCCGGAUCCAUCCAAAGCCAGACUCGCUCAAGCUCCUACGAGGACCGCUUGAUGAGGACAUCCCUUGGCCGGGAUUCCUAUUGGGUCAGACACCUGCAUCGAUUUGGUAUUGGUGUGCUGACCAGGUCAUUGUACAGAGAGUGUUAGCGGCCAAGAAUAUUGCCCAUGCCAAAGGCUCUACUCUUUUGGCAGGUGUACUUAAGAUCUUUCCCAUGUUCAUCAUCGUCAUUCCAGGAAUGAUUUCAAGAAUACUGUUCCCAGAUGAGAUGGCGUGUAUCGGACCGGAGCACUGCAUGGCCGUGUGCGGCAGUCAGGCUGGCUGUUCCAACAUUGCCUACCCUCGACUGGUCAUGAGCGUAAUGCCGGUGGGUUUGCGAGGGCUGAUGAUGGCUGUAAUGAUCGCUGCCCUUAUGAGUGACUUGGACUCAAUUUUCAACAGCGCUAGCACCAUUUUCACUUUAGACAUUUAUAAAAUGGUGCGCAUGCGUGCCUCACCCCAUGAGCUGCUGGUGGUUGGCAGGAUGUUCGUGGUGUUCAUGGUGAUUUUUAGCAUUGCUUGGGUGCCUGUUAUAAUUGAGAUGCAAGGCGGUCAGAUGUACCUCUACAUUCAGGAGAUGGCAGGAUACCUCACACCUCCCAUCGCAGCUCUGUUUCUACUUGGAGUCUUCUGGAAGCGUUGUAAUGAGACUGGAGCAUUUUGGGGUGGCAUGACUGGGUUCGUCUUGGGGACCACUCGACUCCUUCUUGGCUUCAUAUAUCGUGAGCCAAAAUGUGACCAGCCGGAUGAGCGACCAGCUUUCAUCACACACGUUCACUAUAUGUACAUUGCUGCUGGGCUGUUUUGGAUCUCUGGCCUGGUGGCUGUGGUUGUCAGUUUGUGCACACCACCCCCAGAAAAGAACAAAAUCCAGCGUACUACAGUCUGGGGAUUACGGAAACUUAAACAAUGUAUUGUAACUGAACGAAAGGAAAUGUACAAACUCAACGGUAAUAGUGAUCUUCGGAAAGAUGUGCCUGAGAAUGUCCAGAAUGAGAGAUGUCUUGAUGGGGCGGACUCAAAACUCCUCAAGCCCUCCCAUUGUGACCAAGAUCCCAUGACCCCCAGCACAGAGGCAUCCACACCAAUGGAACUAUACAGCAAUGGUCACGCAAAGCUUAUGAAUCAAAAAGAUAAAGACAAGUAUGAUGAAGAGGGUUGCCCGCAAGUAUUUGACUGGAUUUGUGGGCACAAGGAGAAUACGUCUGUCCAACCCAAAAUCAUUGAGGAAGACGAAGAAACUGUCCGUGAAAUGCUUUAUGAACCCCCCAAGAUCAAACUGUUACUUAACAUGGGCCUGAUAUUAGUCUGUUCACUGGGUAUCUUUAUGUUUGUGUAUUUCUCUUUGUAAUGUGCUGAUCUUGCAGGUAAAAAUGACCUGUGUAAAGGACAGCACAUGUAUAUCUAUUUGUUAUUACAAGCCACCUAGGGUCUGUAAUAUUUACAGUGUGUUUUUCCUCUUAUAACUCCUUUUAGGGUCAUUUCAAAUAUUUUGAAUCAUACUGAUAAAAGUGGUUUAAUCUUAUUCCUUGGAACAUAUUUCAGCUUUUCUUUGUGGUAUGUUGACAACCAAAUGCAUUGAAACAGUUACUCUUAUAUAGAUUUUGAGGAGCCACGCUAUGCCUCAUGUUAGGAAAUGCAGUUUUUUUUCUUUUAAUAAGACUGCCUUAAUGUAUGCAGUCCUUUAACUGAAGCAAGCUCAUUUUUGCUGCCUCAAGUAAUUAUUUUUUCCAAGGCUCACUCAUAUAGUAGUACUUAAAUGUAAGUGUGCGUUGAGGUUGUCCUAUUGUAUAUGCAUUUGUAGUUGUAAUACAGUUUCUAAAACUUGACAUCACUGGUAGAUUGUCCACCUGUAUGUUUUAAAUGGAUAGAAUUUUGUGAGCUCUGAUCAUUUUGGUGAAAAGUAAAAAAAACAAUGACAUUGAUAAAAGUUCGAAUAAAAACAAAACCAUUAUUGUUUGUUUAAAAAGAUGCCAUUUCACUGUGGUGUUGUGCUGUCUAACUAAACCUGGGACAAUUUUCUCUGAAUAUUUUCAGUAAGUCAGUCUAUUGUUGGCGAGUGUAAUUGUAACUGUAUGUAUUUUACUGUAAUUUAACUUCCUGGUACGUGGAGCUACUUUCAUUGGGCAGAUGUGAUAAAAAAUAUGCCUAAUUCUUUUUUGUGGAGGGUGUAUAUUCUCUAAAGACACUGGUAUGUCCUCAUUUUUGUAAAUGAGAUUAGUUUGUGAAAAAUUUCCCUAAAAGAUUUUUUCCAACAACAGCUCUUAAAAGCAGACUUGUUUUCUGCCACAGGAAAAACUCUAGCUAGAAACUCAAAUCUGUCAUUCAAUGUUGAAAUCUGAAUACUUCAAACGGAAACAUGUUACGAUAUCCCAAAACAAGUCGAAUGGGAUGUCAAAUUUUCAUUGCUGCGCAAAAUAGUAUCUUGUUCUUCUAGAAGAAGAAUUUGAUUGUAGCUGCAGGAACUGCAGGAGGAUUGCUUGUUGUUCUGCUGUUGAAUGAACUGUUUGUUUAGACAAAGGGGAACUAGUGGUUGGCCUUAUAUUGAAAUUGACCCUGGCGUUUUUUAGACAAAGGUAACUUAUUUUUCUAAGCAGAAGUUCACUUAGUGGCGGUUUCCUGGACAGGGCUUAAACCUAGUCCAAGACUAACUUAAAUGUUAGAGGUGUCUUAAUUGAAAACAACUUGCACUGACAAAUCUUGAAAUAUAUAAAUGUGAUUGUUUUGACUCAAGAUGCUCACCAGUAAUGUUUUUUGUAAAGUAUUCUUAAAAACGACUUAAAUAUCCUAAUUUAACCAAGGCUUAGUCCUGGUUUAAAAUAAUCCCUGUCCGGGAAACCACCCCUUAAUGUUGUAUUAAUGCAUUGAUAUCCAAGCACUUCAUUUUGUUAAAAGUGACCCAAAGGUGAAACUGAAAUGUACAUUCCCAUCUAAAAGACAAUAAAAAAGCUGAUCUUGAAAGAUAGACAGUUUACCAAAACAGAAUUUGUUUGUUUUGGGUAGUUAUGGUUCUUGUGAAUGUCUUUAAUAUACUGUAAUUCCAAUUCAAUUUGCAGUUGACCAAUCAAUUGAUUGGUUCAUAACAUGUUUGUUUGUUUGUUUUUAAUUACUUUGGGAAAUCUCUUUUGACUGAAACAGCAGUGGAACUAAAUCUUUGAGUUAAGGAGCCCUACUAUUGCUUAAGCUUUAAUAAAUUAACCUAAAUGUAGCUUUACAAAAUAUGGAAAUGUGAUUGUCUUGAAGCAAAGUGAAUCUGGUUAAUGUUCCAAACCUGACAUAAUUUCCUUGAAGUUACAAAAUAAAGGUUGCUGUUUAUCAAAUAUUUUUCUUAUAUUUGGGCACAUGACUUCAAGAACAUAUUUUAUAUGAAUGCUGUCCUGUGUUUCUUUUGAAGUACAACCUUGGAGUGUGGAAAAGAUUAUUGGUUUUGGAUUAACCACAUAUUUUCAAAUCAAACCAACAGCCCAAAGGUUUUGAAUAUUUAUUAAUGGGAUUAACAUGUAAAAUGAAGAGUUAAGUCUUUUUGGUUGCAUUUGAAAGGCACUGUUAUGUUGUUUGUUUUGAUAAUGUUAUUCAUUUAAUUUCAAUUUUUAUGUUACUUAACAUUGUCUUCAGGUACAACAAAGGGAAAUGACUGUGGUUUCAUUUUCUCCCCUAAAGUUUUUUGUUUGUUCAUUUUUUUAUUUGUUUUAAGCUCUUGUUUUACAUUUGUAUUGAAUGGUAUAUCAAAUAUUCUUCUUGCGUGACUUGUUUGUACAUUUUUUAAGAUUCCUAGUGUUGUUAAAAUCAGGCUGAAGUAUCGAUUAAUUUAUUUUGGUGAGCGGUGUGCUAAAGAGAUACACAUUUAGUUUAUCGGGUUCAAACUCUGACCUUAUCAGAAAUGUGAUUUGUAAAUAUUUUUCAAAUAUUUUCAAAUAUACUUUUAUUAUCAAAAGUUGCAGAUUAAUAAAUGGAUAUUCAUUUGGGAA